UUACAGCAUAUGUUUAUUUUCAUUGCUGAGACUUUUUUUAUAAACAGGAGCGGCGUCCACUGACUGAAGUCCAACUAAGUCAGCACUGGUGGAAUAAGGAUGGGAAGUGAGGCUGGUCCAGUCCAAAUAGUGACUGUAAACAAGGAAGACCAUUCCUAUGACUUGGAUACGGGGGCACUGGAACGGAUUCUGCUCGCACCCCACGUCCGAGACAAGCAUGUGGUGGUGCUGUCCGUUGCCGGCGCCUUCCGGAAGGGCAAGAGUUUCCUUCUGGACUUUAUGCUCCGAUACAUGUACAAGAAGCCCGAAGAAGACUGGCUGGGAAAGGAAGAUGAACCCCUGACAGGUUUCUCUUGGAGGGGAGGCUCAGAGCCAGAGACCACAGGGAUCCAGCUCUGGAGCGAAGUCUUCAUCGUGCAGAAGUCCGACGGCACAGAGGUGGCAGUGCUGCUGAUGGACACACAGGGGGCAUUUGAUAACCAGUCCACUGUGAAGGACUGUGCUACAAUCUUCGCUCUCAGCACCAUGACCAGUUCCAUGCAGAUCUACAACCUCUCACAGAAUAUUCAGGAAGAUGAUCUUCAGCAACUGCAGUUGUUUACUGAAUACGGUCGCUUGGCUAUGGACGAAAUCUUCUUGAAGCCGUUCCAGUCUCUCAUGUUCCUGAUCAGAGAUUGGAGUUUCCCCUAUGAGUAUAAGUACGGCCUUAAAGGAGGACAAGAGUUCUUGGACAAACGUCUUCAGGUGAAGGAGACGCACCAUGAGGAGUUACAGACAGUGAGGGAGCACAUUCAUUCCUGUUUCACCUCCAUCUCCUGCUUCCUCUUGCCCCACCCUGGUCUGAAGGUCGCCACCAGCCCUUCGUUCCGGGGACAGCUCAGCGAUGUGGCUCCAGAAUUUAAGGAGGAGCUGCGUCACCUCAUCUCAACACUACUGGAGCCUGAUAGGCUGGCUGAGAAAGAGAUUAAUGGUAACAAAGUCACCUGCCGAGGCCUGCUGGAGUACUUUAAGGCCUACAUCAAGAUAUACCAGGGGGAAGACCUGCCCCACCCAAAGUCCAUGCUGCUGGCUACUGCAGAGGCCAAUAACUUGGCUGCUGUGGCUUCAGCAAAGGACCUUUACUACAAGAAUAUGGAGAAGAUCUGUGGUGGAGACCUGCCUUACGUUUCCCCUGACUCCUUAGAGGAGAAGCACAACUUCUUCUUCCGUGAGUCUCUCCACCACUUCUCCUCCACCAAAAAGAUGGGAGGUCAAGAAUUCUGCGACCGCUACCAAGCACAGCUGGACUCAGAGCUUGGAGAGUUGUGGGAAUCUUUUAGCAAACACAAUGAGUCAAAGAACGUUUUCAGUGCUUUCCGGACGCCGGCUGUACUUUUUGUCCUGGUGUGCUUCCUGUACGUGCUCUCUGGACUCUUGCUGUUCAUUGGUCUAAGCACCAUUGCCUUUGCGUGUGACUGUAUGGUUGGCCUGGCUAUGAUUGCCAUGCUCACCUGGGCUUUCAUCCGUUACUCUGGCCAGUACCGAACCGUCGGAACAGCCAUUGACCAGGCAGCUGGAGUCUUACUAGAGCAGGCAACAGAUAUUUUGAAUAAGACCAGAGGUCAAGGUCAAGUGACCGCACAAGAGAAGAAAUCCAGCUAGGCAGCUUUAAAGAUGAGUGAAACAGAUGUCGAUGCAGACUGCACAACAAGCACAAGAAGCCCAAAACCAAUGACAGAGCACCACCACAUAACACACUUGUUUUUGCACAGCACUUAAAAUUCAGUGUAAAAUAAACAAACAAACAAAACCCCGAGUCAGGAAGUCAAAACUAAAUAUCGUUUCAUUUGUAAUUACAGUGCAACCUCCCAGUAACAAAUAUUUAACUAUGAAACCACCAGCUUGCUUAUAAUAUCAGGGACAGUUGAAAUUGUGGCAGAAGGGCUAGGCACUUUGAGGCUGAAAUGACCAUUACAUUUAAUUGUACUCCUUCCAAAACUAUACCCAAGAUCUUACCAUUUGUCUCAACUCAAAAAGGUUGAGUAGUAUUACUCUCCAAUAUUCUUCUAGGGCUAUGUUCUUAUGUAUCUUCGUUAUGAUGUUAUGAAUGCUCAAGCUAGAUACAUAUCCAUUGAAAUGCAACUGUGCUAAGUGACUUUUAUAGGGCUUUCAUUCUGCUAUUUUCAAUAUUGGUUAUUUUUGCCUUGUUUGUGUAUCUCGUUUCUUUUUUUUUCCAUGUAAUUCCCCACUUUCUUCCAAGUCAUUUAGGAAUUCAUUAAGCAGCAUUGACAAGCAUCAAAUAUCUGUGUCAAGGAUUUGUAUGUUCGUGAAUUAUUCUGUCUUUAUACCUUUAACUCGGGGGUAAUGACAGAGAUGUUUACAAUUAGGAGUGAUCCAGAAUUUUGCUUUCUUGUUAAAUUGUUUUGGGGGUUUUUUUUCUCUUAAAAAAAUCUAUUUGGUUUCAUUAUGCUCUUUUAAUCAUUUGCUCCAACUUUCAUGUCUGACCUAACACUGUUAAUAACAUAGCAAUCACAUUCCAUCUUGGAUUUCAGUUGAAAUCCAACCUGUCAGUGAGGUGGGUUUUUUUCUAAUCUGUUUGAAAGAUUGUUUCAUUUGUGUUAACUAGUUACGAUUAGAAAAUGUUCCAAAGAAAACUUUAUAGUAUGAAGUCAUGCCAAAAAGUUCUGUGUACUCAGAGAAUUCUAUCACUGUGUUUGGCUGUGAGAUGUUUACAUGAUGAGCAUUUGUACUGAAGAAUGACUUCAACCCUUUCUUUACGCUACAAACGCAGCUGACAUAACCAAAAGACGACACAGUUAUCAGUGAUAAGCUGCAGACCACUGCCCCGCUGUAGUUAUGUUACCCUGUCCAUUGUACGCUUUCUACAACGUUUGUUUUUCAUCACAUUCCGUGUUGUCAAAGCCUUUGUUCAGGGCCUUGCAUUCCUACUUCGUUCCACUGUUGAGAGGACCACACGUAAACUGACCUAUUUGACCAGUGUUGGGUGGGUUAUAUUUGCACCUCUUUUUACUGCAUUGUACUGUUACAUUUCUUAUGCCA